UUUUCAUGAUCGUCCAAAUACGUCUCUGCGCCGUCUCCCACAGCAUCGUCGCGUCGAGCGUUACGCAAGUCGUCGCUCUCGGGGAGGGGCACCCAGUUGACAGUUGUUCUGAGGCUCCUCUGAGAGCGGAAUCCCGAGACCAAAUCAUCAAACAAUGUCAGGCCUCGGCCUCGCGCGAGAAUCGUGGACCUGGUAUGGUCUCACCUGGGUCGUCGUCGUCGCCCGAAUGGUCUCGCGCAUCCUCCUGAGAGGUUCCAUCACCAAGCUCCAGGCCGAUGAUCUUCUCGUGGUGUUCGCCAUGGCCUGCGACACCGUCUUGAUAGCCGGGAUGAACAUCAUUUCCCAUACGAACAGCAACCUCAUCGACCCGGCCGAUACGUCGCCGCUCACUCCGGAAAGCAUUGCCGAGCGCGAGUAUGGUUCGAAAUGGGUUCUUGUCGUGGAGCAGAUGCAGUGUAUUGUCAUUUGGACCGUCAAGAUUUGCUUCCUCUUGAUGUUCAACCGCUUGACAAUAACCCUACGGCAGAACAUCGCCGUCAUGAUGGUGGCGGCAUAUGUCAUUGUCGGCUUCAUCGUCAUGGAGGCUCUCUACCUAGCGGUCUGGUGCCGACCUUUCCACCAAUAUUGGGCCGUCCCCCCUGAUAAUGUGCAAUGCUCAGCAGCGACGAACCACCUCAUUACCAACACAGUGCUCAACAUCUCCUCAGACAUUCUGAUCAUUCUGAUCCCCAUGCCCGUCCUCCUCCAAAGCCAGAUCCCCCGCAAGAGGAAGCUGAUUCUUUGCGGUGUCUUUGCACUGGGCAUGUUCACCAUCCUCUGUGCAGUCCUCAACAAGUACUACAGCUUCACAGAACCAUUCGGCCAAGACUGGACAUUCUGGUACAUCCGCGAGUCGUCCACCGCGCUCAUCGUCGCCAACUUACCGCUGACAUGGACCGUCCUGCGGCGCAUCUUCAACCUGAAAGCCUUCGACGGCGGCAAGUCGUCCUCGUGCUCUCAUCGCCGCUACGGAAGGACGGGCCCGGCCCCGGGCGGCGGCAGGCGCAACACCAACGGGGGGGUGGGCCAGGAUGCUUCGGAUAGCCAGGAGCGGAUUAACGGCGGGGUGGGGGGCUAUCCCCAUACGAUUCCGCUGCGGAUUUAUCAGCGCCAGGAGGUGGAGGUCCGGUCGCAUAGGGCUAUGACUUUGGAGGAGAGGGACGAGGAAAGCAUCCGAGGAGGCGGAGGCGGUAUCGUGGGAUUGAGGUCGAAGGGGGUGCGACAGGAUGUGUGAUUUCAUGUUGGCGUGGGCUUUAUUUCGAUAUUGAGUAGGUAGAAAGUCUCAAGCCUGUCUGCUCCCUCGACUUUUCCAUGUGUGAGAGGAGGUGAGAGGAGAUGCGAUAGGCAAGCAAGCAGUAUAUGACAGAUUUU